UUUGUAGAUAUAACAAUACAAACACCGCUGUUCCAGAAUUUUUCAUACAUGAUGUUUACCAAGACAAAUGUCAGAUCAUCAACGCAGAUCAGCAUCAGAUUUAAACCAGCAGUAAGGAAUGGCAUCCUGUUUUAUGUUGCACAUGAUGAGCAGAGUAUAACAGGAGAUUUCCUCUCCAUCUAUUUACACAAUGGGUAAGAAGAACACUCUGUCAAUUACUGAGACAUGAUUCAACUGCCCUUUUACUUUGCUUAUUGAAAAAUUCUGUUAAACUCUAAGUUGGCCUUGCAAGGGUCUUGGGUGGAAUCAAACCAGGGUGCUUACAUGUAUAUGCAUGUGGGCUAAAACAGUUUAGUGUUCAGUAAUGUGCUAGUAAAACAGUGAAGUAACAAAAGACGUUUUUUUCACAUUGUACAGUUGACUCUCAGUAUCUCGAACUCCUGAUUGCUAGAAUCUCCUUCAAUCCUAAGUUUUCAAUUUCCAUUAAAUGUCUGAGUUAUUGGAAGUGAACUCUAUGGGCCAUUUCAACAUUCUAGUUUAGCCGGACUUUAACAAAGCUGAGUACUAAGCCAUUACUAGUUUGCCCCUGACACUUCUAUCUAAACACCAUUUCCUGCAAACAAUUUGAAUAAAUUAUAGCAGAUAGUGUAAACUGGAAAGACCGACUAAAAAGAGAUCUUUAGGUUCUAUGAUUUCUUAAAGAAAUAUGGUCCAAUUUAGACUUCUUUUAACUAACCGACGCUUUUUUUUGUCGGUUAACAAACACCCAGUGUCUAGAAAAAGUAGAGGAGGAAAAAUCUUAUCUCAUUUUUGUGUAGAGUUGCUGAUCAUCAGAAUCUUUUUUCCGUCUUUUUUUUUGUAAGUGGUGGGCUUGUUUAAAGGCAGACCUUUAAAGUAUUGAUAAAGUUUUUUUUUGUUCGUUUAUCUACAUGUACUGAAUAUAAAGGUGUCUAUAUUGCCCGUUGUCACAUCUCUAUCAAGUACGUCUGAACUGUAAAAAUCUGAUCCAAACCUGAAAAAAAAAGGUCGUGGCCUUAUCGACAGUAUUCAGGACAUUUGAUUGAUUUAGAUUCGUGUGAAUUCUUUUUUUGUUGUUGUUAGAUUUGUCAAGUUGAGGUAUGAUCUCGGCAAAGGAGUUGGUGAAGCUAAGAGUAACUCAACAGUAAUCCUUGACAUGUGGCACAGUGUAACAGUGAGUCGAAAUGCUAAGAGCGCAUCUCUGAGUCUGGAUGGGAACCCACCUGUGAGUGUUGUAUCUCCAGGAACUGCUGUGGCUCUUGAUGUUAAUUCCAAUUUCUUUCUGGGCGGGGUACGCAAGUUAUCCACUGUCAAUCCUAAUGCUGUUGAUAAUGAUCCUGCUUCAAUACAGGAUUUUUCCGGUUGCAUUAAUCAGUUGGAGGUAUGUGUGAUUACUUUGCAGUCUCUUUAUUUGUGGUAGCCUGUACCAGGCUCCAAGAUAUCAGGGGCACCCAAAGAGAGUAUAGUUCAAAACCACUUAAACAUAGCUUGUUAAACGUAUUUUAGUAUUUAAACGGUAGUUAUGGGCAUAUUUUUAUCCCUUAAAAAUUUUUCAUCUGUUCAGAUUUCCUAGCUGAAAGUCUAGUGAUCCGAAAAUUAUAGGGAUCAAAACUUACCUCCCGAAAAUUCUAGGUUACCUUUUAAGGGUAAAAAUCCGUUUAAAAUGGUCAAUUGUACCAUUUUUUAGAUUGCGAAAAUUCUAGAUCUCAAAUCGUCUUCCGAACAGAUAUUUUCCAAAAAUUGACGUUGAGUGCUCCUGAAGAUAUUAGUGCAGUCUUGCCCCUUCCCCAGCUCGUGGGUGUCUUAUUUUCACUUGGCUUGUUUUAAUUAUUCUCGCAACGUCUGUCCCCACCAUCUGAGAGGCUGGCACAGGAUUUAUUUAUGGGUAAAUGGUAUUUGUAAUAUUUGUUUUUGUUUUAAUAAUAAGGAGCUUAAGCAAUGACGACGGUGACGGCAAACUUCCUUGGAGUUGGAUUCUAAAAGUAUCCUCAUAAUUCGGGAAAAGAAAAGGAAAAUUGUUGUUUUGUUUUCCCGUCCUCGACAAAACGUCAGAACGUGAAAUUAGGCAUUUUCACGUCGUAGUCGUGCAAUGACGGCAAAGAAAUGUACAAAAAAAGCAUGAUGCCGUGCAAAGUUGUUAUUUUAUCAAUGUAAACCUAUUGGUUUAUUGCCGUUCUCGUUUUCGUCGCUGUCGCCGUUGCUUAAGUUUCCUGUUACCACAGUAAUCAUUGCAGGUCAUCAACUAGCAGUGACAUUGUUCUUUCCCUUCUCCGCUGAAUUAACUGUCAAAAUUAAUGUCAAUUUUCUAUUGUUCUCUUUAGGUCAAUGGUAUCUUGUACUUUCAGUCCAACACCAAAGCCUUGGAAGGAAGAAACAUAGCAAACUGUCCACCAGAGUCAGUAGCUUAA